GCUAUCCCGCCCAUAAGCGUCACUGAUUCAAAUUGCAGCCGAGGCAGGAGGGAGAGAGGAAGGAGAGAGCCGCUCCGAUCACACACAUUUCACACGCUCAGGAGCAGAGGAAGAGAGAGGAACACACAGUCAGAGCGACUGAGAGGUUGGGGAUCCUUAAGUGGUUUUUCUCUUGCAUGAACACAACCGUAGACCCCCCACCAGGAUCUAAAGAUGUGGACAGAAGUCGGGAAGCUUGUGCUAUUACAUUUGUUACUCAUGGAGCUCCAUUGCGCUAAAGGAACUACUACGGAGUUGGAGUGUGAAACGGGGCAGUUUCAGUGCAAGAACGGACGGUGCAUCCCGACCCUGUGGCGAUGUGAUGAUGAUGAUGAUUGCUCAGACAGCAGCGACGAGGAGAACUGCCCAAAGAAGACAUGUGCGACCACAGACUUUGCCUGUAAGAACGGACAGUGCGUCCCUGCUAGGUGGCGCUGUGAUGGCGAGCCGGAGUGUGCAGACGGUUCAGACGAGGCUGAUGCGAUCUGCAGCCGACAGACCUGUCCACCAGAGAAGUUUGAUUGCGGAGGGGCUGCCAGCAAAUGUGUUUCGUUGUCAUGGCGAUGCGACGGAGAGAGGGACUGCGAGAACGGGGCAGAUGAGGACCAGUGCGCUGCAGAUGCCAAGGCCUGCCCCUCCAAAGAUUUCCAGUGUCGUAAUGGGAAGUGCGUGGCACCAAUCUUUGUGUGUGAUGGAGACGACGACUGUGGGGAUAACAGCGAUGAAGAGAAGUGCACGGCUCCCACUUGCGGCCAGCACGAGUUCCGCUGCAAUGACUCGGAGUGCAUCCCCGCCUUGUGGAGUUGCGAUGGCGACCCGGACUGCAAGGACAAGUCAGACGAGUCCAUGGAGCGCUGCAGCCGAAGGACAGAGCCCCAGAAACCUCGCUGCCCAGUGGGCGAGUUCCAGUGUGGGAGUGGGGAGUGUGUCCACAUGAAUUGGAAGUGUGAUGGAGACGCAGACUGCAAGGAUAAAUCGGAUGAAGCAAACUGUCCGCUUCUUACAUGUCGACCUGAUGAGUUCCAGUGUGGCGAUGGAUCCUGUAUCCACGGAACCAAACAGUGUAAUAAAGUGCAUGACUGUCCAGACUACAGUGAUGAAGCUGGCUGUGUCAAUGUUACAAAGUGCGACGGGCCAAGAAAGUUCCGCUGUAAGAACGGGGAGUGUAUUGACAGCAGCAAGGUGUGUGACAAUGUGAAAGACUGCAAGGACUGGUCUGAUGAACCCAUGAAGGAGUGUGGCCUGAAUGAGUGUGCAGACAACAAUGGCGGCUGCUCCCACAUCUGCAGGGACCGCAGAAUUGGCUAUGAGUGCGACUGUCCUUCUGGGUACAAACUCCUGGACAAAAAGACUUGUGGAGACAUAGAUGAAUGUGAGAACCCAGAUGCCUGCAGUCAGAUCUGCAUCAACUACAAAGGAGAUUAUAAGUGUGAGUGCUACGAAGGCUACGAGAUGGACCCUGCCUCUAAGACCUGCAAGGCCGUGGGAAAGAGUCCGUACCUGAUGUUCACUAACCGCCACGAGAUUCGUCGCAUUGACCUGCUAAAGAGUGAAUACACUCAGGUGGUUCCCACGCUGAAGAACGCAGUGGCCCUGGAUGUAGACGUGUCCACCAACAAGAUGUUCUGGUGUGAUCUAUAUCAUCAAAAAAUAUACAGUGCUUACAUCAACAAGGCCAGUGACUCCUCACAGCAGGUGACCCUCAUCGACUCGCUCCACUCCCCCGAGGGCCUGGCCGUUGACUGGGUCCACAAGAACAUCUACUGGACUGACUCUGGCAACAAGAGCAUCUCCGUUGCCACAGGAGACGGCAGGAAGCGAAAAGUGCUGAUAGCCACUGAGCUGAGCGAGCCACGGGCCAUCGCAGUGGAUCCACACCAAGGGUUUAUGUACUGGUCAGACUGGGGAGGUCAGGCCAAAAUCGAGAAGGCUGGGAUGAAUGGAGUGGACCGACAAGUUCUGGUGUCCGAACACAUCGAGUGGCCCAAUGGAAUAACCCUGGACUUGUCUAACAGGCGUCUGUACUGGGUGGACUCCAAGUUGCACCUGCUGUCCAGUGUGGAUCUGAAUGGGGACAACCGCAAAGUGCUUCUGUCCUCCCAUCACCAUCUGGGACACCCCUUCGCACUCACUGUGUUCGAGGAUCACAUAUAUUGGACCGACUUAGAGGAUGAAACGAUAUACAGUGCCAACCGACUGACAGGACAUGAUGUGGCAAAGGUGGCAGAGCACCUCAACAACCCCCUGGACCUGGUGGUGUUUCAUGAACAGAGGCAGCCCAAGGCCCCAGAUACCUGCAACAUGGGCAGUCUGCCUAACGGUGGCUGUGAAUACCUCUGUCUGAAGGCCCCCCAGAUCACAGAUCACUCUCCCAAGUACACGUGUGCUUGUGCUGAUGGCAUGGAGCUGGGACCAGACAUGAGGCGCUGUGCUAUAGUUCGACCCAGAGCAACCACAACAACAGCUGUGCCAACCACCUCCACCACCAUCACCACUACAACUCCCGCCACAACCACGACAACAAGCGCUACAACAACUAGCACAACUGUUGCCAGCACCACGACUCCCCCUACCACGACCAAAAGCUCCACUAGCACCUCUGCUGCUACAACACUCAGGCCCACAACCAGAGGGCUGACGACACCUGCCCCGCCUCAGACCCCCAGGCCAACUUCUACGGAGCCACCUCCGACCCCCGUGGCCACGAGUACAGAGACGGCCAGUUUCAGCAGGGCCAGUCAGAAGUCCACAUCCACACACACGCCUCUACUGGGCCCAGUGGCCCCCAAUAGCAUUCAGAGAGAGAGCAACGCCAACCUCUCCCACAGAGGUAAGAAUCAUGCUGCGAGUGAUCACUACCUCAUAGGUAACAACAUCACAGUAGCUGUUCUGGGGAUAGUCAUUCCUAUCGUCCCUAUCCUUGCCACAGUGGUCAUCGGAUUACUCUGCACCGGCGGAUACCUGGUUUGGCGCAACUGGCGGCGCAAGAACACCAAGAGCAUGAACUUCGACAACCCCGUUUACCGCAAAACCACAGAGGACGACGACGAUGAAAUCCACAUCGGGCGACACAGCGAGUCCAUAGGCCACGUUUACCCGGCACGCGUGGCACUCAGUCUGGAGGAUGAUGGCUAUCCCUGAGGGGGGGUUGCAGCCUGCCCCCCUUCCCAAUUCCAUCCUGGCCCCUCCUCUCACCACAGCCUCUACACCACUACAAUGAGGCCAGUACAACGCAGAGGAGAAAGAGAACGGGGUCCUCAUUUUGCCUCCCCCUUUUGAGGAGCAGGGAUGACAUGUACUUGUAAAUCCCCCUUCCUCUCCUACUUUCUCCACUGGGGUAACAUUACUACCACUACUAGCCACUACUACUUUCCUUAGUGCUAGUUUAUUAGUAGUCUCUGCUCCACUCCUCUCUUCUCUCUGCCUCUUGUUAGCUGUAGUGGUGUGUAAAAUGCUGCUUGAUGAUUUUGUUCAAACUAACCUCAUUUGGCUGUCUCCGUGCACACUGUAAAUAGAAGGCUGUCUGACCACCGUACAGGGGGAAAAAGCUGGCAUUAUUUAGAAUUCCUCAUAUGACGUUUUAUUUAUUUGUAUGUGUUUCCUGUUGUAAAUAUGUAAUCAGCAUAUCUCAGUUCUACAGAGUUACAGGCAGAUGUGUUCAAGUUUGCAAGGAUAUAGAGUUGUAGGCAAGGACGUUAUUUUCUUUGUAGUACCCUUUACAUCUUAAGUUGACUUUACAGAUUUUUUUCAAACAGGAGAAUGUCAUCCUUUUUCACACCCAGCCUCUCAGAAUUGCCCCUUAACAUAUUGUAUGUAGGCAGGCAAAGCUAAAUAUAGCCAAGGGGAAAGGAGACAGAAAUAAAUGAUGGGGUUGUCUUCAUGCUUGGAGGUGAUUUCGGGGGUGAAAGAGUUAGUAGAGUGUUUUUUCUCUUUUGAGGGGAAUAGGAGGAUUUGUGCCACCAGAGGGUAGUGCCUCAAGGCAAAAAUCAGCAGGGCAGAAAAGGCAAAGGAUUAUGGGUAAUCCUCUCUCCUGCUAUCAGAGGUGUGCGUACAGUCGAUAAUGAAUUUGGGAUUGUUUUCUCAUUUGCGGCAGGUGUGAGGACUCACGCGUUCCUGAGUUUUUGUUUGUGUCUGCUGCAAUCAAUAUGUUAGAGGUAAAACUUCAUUUUCAGUCAGCAGAGUGUCACAAAACACUUUUUGAGAUAUCAAUGAUGCUUUGAGGUACUGAGCUCUUUGACUUUCAACCCUAGCACUGAGCAUGACUACACAUAAAUACUUUUUUUUUGAAAUUCAGAAGACAGGACACUUUAUGUGGUUUCUAGAUAUGUUUACAUUUAAAUGCAUAGUUGUGCAUUCAGUAUUGGAAUCCUGUAGGGAUGAAGUAUAAGAAAAUGAAGUAUGAGAACGCAAGCAGCGUACUGAUCUAUUGACACAAAUAUAUUUUGCAGCAGUCUAUUUUUGCUGUAUUUUUGGUUCCAGUAGUCUUUAACACUACAUUAUUCUUAUAGGUAUAGCUCCCACAACAUCACUUUUUCUUUCAUUUGACAUAACAUGGUUUCAUAACUUCCCAGUAAACAUCAAUCGCAGCAUUUUAGUGGAUUCACAGCACUGCUUUUGGUGUUUCUUGGCAUUAUAACUUCUCCCUCUUUAGUCCCCUAUCUUGGCUGUGUGUUUUCUGGAUGAGAUGGUGUGUGUUUUGGUUUUUUCUUUUUCUUUAUUUACACAUAUAACAUAAAACAAUAAAAAGAAACAAUAUAUCAUUUGCAAUAGAAAAAGACUCCACAUUUGAAAGGAAUCACUUUCCGCUGUCACUGACUAUUAAGUGUCGGUUGUUAGUGGCCCUGUUUUGUAUGAGCAGAUAAGUAAUACGCCGAGGCUGACUGAGCCGAGCACUGAUUUGAUUUGAAAGCUGGAUAGAGAGGAAGCGUGUAAACCAGCGUAAAGAGCUGAUCUUUCAUUGGCUUGCCACAGACAUGCUUCCAGCCCAUUGAAUAAAAUGGAAUUCAUGCCUAGUGACUAUUGCAAUAAUUGCACAUGAUGUGUUGUAAUAGUAAAUUACUGGACUCCGUUAUGACGAUUUAACAUGAUCGCUGUUACGAGUUAUGGUAGAAUAACAACUUUCCUAUCCUGGAUGUAAUUUAGUCUCAAUACAGGGCAUCUUGAAGGUGUUAAGCACACAUAUAAUGCUUUAUAUAAAGUAUCGAGGUGUUUUACUUUGUCCUAAUUUUAGCUACAGGUCUUCCAUCAUAAGAAUAACAAAUCAGAACAAUGUGGCAAUUCAGCUGAACUGAGCUAAGAAAUGCUUUUGUUUUUCAGAUGUUCAGUCUUUUUUUAAUAACGAGCAAAAACAAGUAUAGAAUGCAAAGAUUAAAGUCUUCCAUUGUAGGCUAUAGACUCAGCGUAUGCAUUCAUCUUACUAUACGGACAGUAUGUGCAUACAAACAAACAGUUGUUUAACGGUAGUUAUUAUUGAUGGUUCUCACUGUUUCCUGGAAAGUUUUGCCCAGUGUGAAUGCUCAGGAAAACAGACAAAGACAAAGGUAAGCAGGAAAUGACUGCCAGGAUUUAGACUAAACUCUACGCAAACAGGUUUAUGCUUGGAAGAUGAAUAGUGGGCCAUUCAUUUUGCUGGAUUUCUGCUGCUCACCUCCCUCAGAAGGAUGCCACUUUCUUCUCUCCGUUUACAGUGGGGGAUUUCUAUGAACUGAAUGUGACAAGUGGCAUGCUAGACAGGGAAAUUAUAGUCCUCUCCAGGACUGCACUCCCCUACGUCUAUCUAAUGAAGCAGGAUUGAGCACAAAGGGGAGGCCAUCUCCCUUCAUCUUACCCUUGCACAGAUGAAGCCAAAUAAAAUGCAUUACACAGUGGAGAAGACUGUAACUCAGCUCAGCAUAUUCCCAGUGAGUUUUUUUUUUUUUUUUUUUUUUGGCAGAAUAUAGGAUUGACAUGUAGGAGACAGUUUGAAUUGGCACACUUGCGUUUUGGUAUAAACUGUGGUCAUGUUUUAAUAUUUUCAUUCGGUAUGAUGGCCUUGGGAAUUGUUAAGAAUGCUCACAAUUUCAUAUGUUUUCAUAAAAAAACUAAAUCUAAGUCCUAAAGGAAAGACGUAGAUGAUGUAAGAUGGCAAGAAAGAUGAAAAAGGUCAGAUAUCUUUGUGAAUUUAAGAUUAAAUAAAUCACAAACCCGAUGAUGGAUUGAACCCUGAGCUCACUCCACAUAGUUUCCUUCAUGUCCAUGUUUGCUGCAGGUCUAAUGGAGUUCCAUAUGGAGGGUAUGCAGUUAGGAGAAUAAAUUGCUUAUUCAUUGAGGUGACUGAGCGUGGCAUUGUAGAAACGUUAUUAUUGCUACAGUGUGAAGACAGAUUGGCUAGUCGACUUUGUGGCCACCUUGAGAGCCGCCCCUAAAGGACGCUAAACAGGUCCAGAAAGGGACUGGUAUCAUUCAUCACAUAGUAGGUAAUAAUUGUAGUGGUAGUAGAGGAAAUGCUUUGACAGUAUGCUGUCUGGACAUUCUUGAUUCAUAUUGUUAGGAAUCAUUUAGGGCCUAAUCAGUGCCCUAAUGGUAGCAUAAUCAUAGUUUUACCAUCAGUCAGCUCCAUAAACAACAUGACGGUUAGAAGGAUCAAGUUGAGCACUCUGCCUCAUGCUGAAGAAUAAUGAAUUGUGUGUGUGUCUGUGUGUGUUUCUGUACAUAUGUUCAGUUGUUUAGUUAUUGUAAGAUCCGUUUUUUGUUGAUUAUUAUUAACUUGAAGUCUUUUCAGUGUUAAGUCAGUAGUUGCUGCAGUGUUUCAUGUGCAACAUGAUAACUAGAACAAAGGUAUUUAACACGCUUCUUUAACCUAGCUGAGACCUUCCUCAUGUUUUAAUGGUGAAACCCAAUUUAACAAAUCACUAGUUUGAAACUACAGUAGCUGGUUGUUACUAAAUAGUUUAGAGGGACUUUACACACAACUGUGUGUGUGGAUCAAGGGUGUAACUUUGGUUGUGGGGGGGCCUGGGGGUCCUCCGCCAGAAUUUUUCUUUUCAAAUUUCAAAUUCAUUUAUAGGCAUGAAGGUGAUACAAAAUCCAGGAAAUAAUUAGGUUGACCAUAAUGAUAAAUUAUGCAAGAAACAAUAGUACUAAACUAUGUAUAAGAAUCUUUAUUGCUUAAAAUAGGUGCCAGUCACAGAGACUCAUAAAUCAAAAUAAUAUCAAAACAAAUUUGAAAGUGGGGGGGACACAA